UAAUUUUGGUAUUCAAAAAUUACAACAAUCAGUCAAUUUUUUUUUUUUUUUGACAUCGAACAAUCAGUCAAUUAAAUCGAAAGGGUGGCUAUACAACCACGACGAAAUCAAAUACACACGACCUUUUAUCAAAUUAAAAUUAUAUAUAUUCCCACAAAGAGAGUGUUUGCUUGGUGUUUCAUCUCCGUUUCUCGGCUCUUUCCUCCAUCUCUCAGUUAAAAUCCCCAGAGAAAAACAUCUCUCUAAUCUUAAGUGAUCGUAAAGUUUGAAGACGAAGAUAACAAAAAAAAACAGAACAAAGUCAAAGCUUGUGUAUGUGUCUUGAUGGGUAACUUCUGUCCUAACGGAUCUUCCAGUGUUGGACACGAAGAGAUCCCUGUCUCCACCAAGCCCCUCCCAGCCGUGAAACAUGGGCAAAAUCCAGUAAAUCAAAAGGCUCCGCCGCCGGUGGUGGUAAUGCCGCCGGCUAGGGGCUCGAAUCCAAAGUUUCCGGCGGCGGAAACAAGAACCGUAGAUAACACGCCUCGUCAAAAACAGCAGGAGAAGAAGCCAAGAUCCGUCGAUGACCCAUCUCGUGAAAAACAGCAGGAGAAGAAGCCGAGAUCCGUCGAGACUCCGCCGUCAAAGCCGGUGGAGAAACAAGGUGUGGGAAAAAAGGCAGUGCCGCCGAGCGGGAAGAUAGUGACGCCAAAUCUAAAGAUGUUCACAUUAACGGAUCUUAUGACGGCGACAAAGAAUUUCCGGCCGGAGUCGAUGAUCGGAGAAGGCGGGUUUGGACAGGUGUUCAAAGGAUGGGUUGAUGAGGAGACCUUAUCUCCGUCGAGGGCGGGCGUGGGAAUACCAAUCGCCGUUAAGAAAUCUAACCCUGAUAGUGCUCAAGGGUUACAUGAGUGGCAGUGUGAAGUGAGAUUCUUAGGGAAGUUUCAUCAUCCAAAUCUAGUCAAGCUCUUGGGAUAUUGCUGGGAAGAGAAUCAGUUCCUCUUGGUCUAUGAGUUUUUGCCUAAAGGAAGCCUUGAAAACCACCUCUUCUCAAAAGGAGAUGGGUUGACAUGGGAUACACGUUUGAAAAUAGCAAUUGAAGCAGCUCAAGGACUAACCUUUUUGCAUAACUCUGAAAAGAGUGUUAUUUACAGAGACUUCAAGGCUUCCAACAUUCUUCUUGAUUCCAACUUCAACGCCAAGCUUUCUGACUUUGGUCUAGCCAAACAUGGUCCAAUUAAUGGAUACUCCCACGUGACCACCCGUGUCAUGGGCACACAAGGUUAUGCAGCUCCCGAAUAUGUGGCUACAGGUCAUUUAUACGUGCUGAGUGAUGUUUACGGAUUUGGAGUGGUCCUCUUAGAGCUAUUAACCGGUCUAAGAGCACUAGACCCAAACCGACCAUCUGCGCAACAGAACCUCGUGGAAUGGGCUAAACCGGUUCUGUCCCAGAAAAAGAAGAUUCAGAAGUUGAUGGACCCACGGCUCGAGCACAAGUAUCCACUCUUGGCGGUGACCAAAACCGCCGCACUAAUUUUACGGUGUCUCGAGGCUGACCCCAAGAACCGACCUCCCAUGGACGAUGUACUUAGAGAAUUAGAAAUUGUAAGGACUAUCAGAGAGCAACCAAAAGAAGAGAAGCGUAACCGGAACAAUGGACAUGGUUCACCACACGUCCGUAAAACCGGUCGAACCAGAUAGUCAAAUAGUCCCCUUUGGAAGUUUGGAUCGGUCAUAUGUACACACACAAACAUACGUAAAACCUUUAUUUUUUAAAUAAAUAAAAUAUCUUCCUU